AUGUGCUGGGCCGAGUGCCCCAUGGCGUUCCCCGUCGAGUGCGGCUUCCAGUGCAUCCGCCAGAACGACGACUGCGGCUCCGAGAUCUACGCCAAGUUCGUGAGUGUGGCCAACGCCUUCUUCUCGGUGCAGAUCCUGGGUGUCUUUGGAUCCUUCGCCAAGCUCUCCAAGACGGUGCGCGUCGGCAUCAAGUGCGCGCGUGCCAUGUUCGGCACGAUCCGCGCUAUCGUCAACUACAUCCGAGCGCUCAAGGUGUCGGACCCGCAGCUGGCGGAGGACAAGAUCCUGCUGGCCCUCUACCAGACGAGCUACAUCACCAUCGACCUGCCUGUAAGUAUCGUCAUGUGCAUGGGCAAGUCUUACCCGUGGGAGGUGCUAGACCCCGCCAGUGUGCUCAUUGGCACGGUGCAGGUGAUGCUGGGCGAGAUCCUGGCCCGCCAGGACAACAUCACCAAGUCCUGGGGCAAGUUCAAGGCCUUCCUCACGGGCUCCAACUUCACGUACGCCGUGAACGACUUGAACGAGACCGAGAUCUCGUCGCUCAAGACCGGAAUGGAGUCCAAUUCCACGUGCGGCUACGAGCUGCAGCGGCUCACGGACCGCACGUGGCGCACGAUCGCCGAGAUGAAGCAGGAGAACCCGGAGAUCUCCACGGACGACCUGCGCGUGGCCGUGUACAAGUCGGACUUGAUGCUGCACGACAUCCCGACGGUCACCAACAACUGCAUGGACCAAAUGAUCCUCGAGUCGGACGAAGCCACGGCCUACAAGACGCGCGACACGCUGCGCAAGACAUACGGCGUGAUCGUGGACGACUUGAUCGACAAGGGCAAGAGCGACAACGGCACGUCGCUCACGGCCAAGCAGUACACACGCGUGGUGGCCGACAAGGUCUUGAUGACGAUCGCCACGCUCUUCUACAUCGACCUCACGCGUAUCUCGGGCAUGCUGUCCGAGUACAUCCAGAUCAUCUGCGGGCCCACGCAGCUCGUGGGCGAGAUCGACGACGGCACGGACGACAACACGCUUGGACUGCGGAUCGUCGGCGCCGCCUUCAAGGGCAGCACGAGCUCCUGGAAGCGCCGGGGCGACGGCGUCGUCCGCAUCACCUUCGUGAGCACCGACACCAAGGACGUGACGGUCAACAUCAUCUCGGGCGGCGACAAGUUCGACGAGCAGGACGUCCCCGCGGGCAAGACCGUGACUUGGACAUCCAACGUGACGGCGCUGGGCGGCAGGACGCUGUACCUUGAUCGCUGGCGGCCUGGGUUCCUGGGUCUGCCGGGUACCGGCGGUGGGUCGUUGAAGCUCUGGGUGCCUCGCGCGAGCGAAGGCGGCCACCUCGACCUCACCGCCAAGCUCAACGUGAGCUAG